ACAAGGUAACUACUUACCUUAGUUCAUGGCUUAACAGUUGUUCGAAGACGGUCUUAUUGUGUGGUUGUAUUCCGCAGCGUUCGGGUUCGUGCUCGCUAAGUACGUGGUGACCGAUGCGAAUGUUUGUUAAUAAGGUUAAUUAAUCUUUCGAGUUCGUGGACGAAGAAUUAAUUCCAAGUUGUCGCUAGUGUGUUGCAUUUACGCUCGGUUUUCGGAAGAAAAGUUAGAAUAUCAUUCUGGUGAAGGGUGAAGUCUGAAGUGCGGAUAUUACCCAGUGACAAUCACUUACAGGAGCGGGGAACACUCCAAAGUUGGAAAUACUGAUAAAUAGUAUGUUAUGAACGGCAAUGGUUGAUAGCCGCGAACGCAUCCGUGCACCUUCCCGUGAUGGACGGGAAGGCUUCAGUAGUCCUCGCCAAGUUUUAAGACGUUUGAUGCUACUGUGUGAAGGCCGACAAUAUCGAGAAGCUGCUGGAAUCAUCGGUCGUCUCGGACCAUCUCUCCUAAAGUCUGUAGUAUCUGAACUACCAGUUGACUUAUUAGUUGAAGCUUUGCCACAUAGUGCUUAUUUGUUGGAAUCAUUGUUCUCACGAUUGAAUACGGUUAAUGUUAAUCCUCGAUCUUUAAUUUCCGCUGACCUGAUAAUUUGGCAUCUGAUCCGUCUGUUCAGCAGUCCUCAUGAAUGUGGCUUACGACAAAGAUGUACGAAGCUGAUUCAAGCAAUUGCUCAGUGGCAGCCAGAACUUCGAAAUGCAAUUGUCGAACGUAGAAAAGCCCUAGAUAUCGCCGUUCAAGGACUUGGUAUACAUGGAUUAGCUGCCGAUCACACCGGGGCACUCAUUUCUCUUCAUAUCGCUCUGAAAAAUGAAAUCCAAAUCCAUAUUGACACUUACAAGACUGCUCUUCAAAAGCUGGACGAACUUAGCACGAUCACAGUGAAUCAAGACCCAGCUCAAUCAUCACAUCAGAGACUUCUGGCAAUUACUUACGACGACAUUCAACAACGCCUAAUUGACAACAAAUCACUGCUGACUAUCCUCGAUAAGCCUUCAAUGCAACAGCUUCGUACCCUCAUAGACAACUUGGCAGAAAGAGUGCAAAAUGAUAAGACGGUUUUACAGAAUGUGGGCCAAAUUAAACGGCUGGACCCCCUUUCGAAUAUCGAAAAGCGUCCGGCGGCUGGAUUACUUAUGAAUUUUUCAAGAGGUUGCGAUAUCGUCAUGAAAUUAAUGGGGCCGAGUACACCUUCAAGUCCAAGCAGUGUUAGUUUCUCUAGUGAUGGGUACCAUUCAGAUUCCGAGGCACCAGUGGAAGACGUAAGCAAUGAAAUUGCCCGCCUAUAUCGUGAUCUUUACAAUCGAAAGAGAUCCGACACGUUAGAGGCAUUAAACGCUUUACCACAGCUGAAACAUGUUCACAACCUGAAAGAGAAAAUUUUAUUUUCAAUUAUAGUGCUUUCGUUUCGAGCAUGCCAUGGACUACUUGAACGCAAGCUGAAUGAAGUGCAGCGGGUGCUCGGCUGUUCCCUGGAAAGUGAUCGGAACUCCGCACUGACUCUUAACCACGCGGUUCGCCAGCACCUCAAUGAAACCGCGGACGUAUUCCAGCUCGACGACGUUGAGAAGCAGGUGGCGAAUCAGGUGCUGUCAACAUUACACGAGUAUCCGCAACUUGAAACCUGCACCCCCUUACUACACUUUAUUGGUGCCUGUGUGCGAUUAUCUUGGAAGAUGGUUAACAAGAACACACUAUGUCAUUUGGACAAUGAUUUUUCCUUAGGUUUCCUACGGCCCGAAAAGCAUGAACGACAUCCUGUUUCCAAUUGGCGGUCCGAUGUAAUAAGAUCCUUUCUUUGGCCAGCACUUUUUCAACAAAACAAAUGCAUUUUCAAAGCUGUUGUUGUGACGUGA